AUGGAAGAAGCCUCAACCUCUCAUGUCGAUAACACUGCGCCUCCAAACGCCGCCUCUUCAACUUUACAACAAAUUCAAAAGGUCGAAAACCCACUUGGGAAUCAAAGAGUUGAACAACAAGUUCAUGGUGCCAAUACUUCAAAAAACGAUGGUUCUAUAACACCUUCUACUACAGUAAUGACUUUUCAACAGCAACCAAACCUUCCGGUACAAAAUGUUCAAACAACUUGGCUUGACCCUUCACUAGAAAAUAAAACUAAUCUUUCGAAUUCAACAAUAACAACUGUAACGACUCACAAGGAACCUGUUAUGACUGAACCUUUGGUUCAAAACUUGGCUACGAACGUUUCGACUACUCCACCUUCUACCACUCAUGAUCUUAAUAUGAUGACUCCAAAUAUGAAAAGUUUGAAUGCUACUGGUCCAUAUACUCCAGAUUCAACCAAUUUUUCUUCCCCUUCGACUCCUUUAGACUCUUCUCCUUCAGGAACCUUUAAUCAAUUUUCUGUAAAUUCUAUAAAUACAGAUAAAACGACUUCCGGACAACAAAUUAAUCCUAAUGUAGUAAAAGCAAAACCAUUUAUUUGUGCAGUGUGUAACCAGACUUUUAGUCGUCAACAUAACCUAAAGUCCCAUGCUUUAACUCAUUCUCAAGAGAAACCCUUUCAAUGCGAUAUAUGCCAUCAUUUCUUUCGUAGACAUCAUGAUUUGAAAAGACAUGCAAAAUUACAUACCGGAGAAAAGCCAUAUCAAUGCCCACAUUGUAAAAGGAAAUUCGCAAGAUUGGAUGCGCUGAAUAGACAUUUACGAGCCGAAAGUUUUUGUGGAGGACCAACAAAAAAACUGUUUCAAAAUUCGGAAUCCAAGCAACAAGUGAUGCAUCAAGAACAAUUUCAUUCAUGGCCAUCACAAGUGUCAUCACAGCAGUUAUCUCAAAUUCAAACUAUUCCUCAAUCUAAUAAUUCACAAUCGUUACAAGGCAAGCAAGCUAAUAUUGUAAUGACAAAUCAAUCUCAUCAAAUAGUAUUUCCAGUUGAGGCAAGUGCUGCUGCUUCCCAUUAUAAAAUUCAAUAUACCCUUAAUAAGCAGAUUCAAGAACCGCAAAGAAGAGUUUCCGAGAUAAUUAUGGCGAAUGACCAGGAUGUUGAGGUUCAUUCUACUAAUGGUAAAUCUUCAUCUCGAGAAACACAGUUAACUGAGAGAAAUAAGUAUCUGGAGGAAAGGGUAAGAGAAUUGGAAAAUGAAGUUAUCAAUGAACGUAAAUUACGAACCCGUCGUGAAUAUUUGGAGCAAAGAGUAAACGAACUUGAAAUAGAAAAAAAACGUAAAACUGCUUCACCGAUCGAUUCGUCUAACUUUCAAAAGGAUUGA